AUGGGAUGUGGUAUUCUCACAACGUAUGCAGAAAUUGGUAAUAUAUCUGGAUUACACGGCUUGUUGGUAUAUACUCUCUGUGGAUCUAUUCCAAUUUUAGGAUUUGCAUACUUUGGGCCUAUCAUCAGAAGAAAGUGUCCAGAUGGAUUCGUGUUAACUGAGUGGGUAAGGCAAAGAUUUGGUAUCGUUACAGCUCUAUACUUAUCUUUCUUCACUUGUUUAACCAUGUUCUUAUUUAUGGUUGGAGAGCUCUCUGCCAUUAGAUCUGCGAUCGAGACUUUGACAGGAUUAAACGCUUUGGCUGCUGUAAUCGUUGAAUGUGUAGUCACAUCCAUUUAUACUUCUAUUGGUGGGUUUAAAGUAAGUUUCGUCACUGAUAACUUUCAAGGGGUCUUUGUUUUAUUAUUAGUUGUCAUUUGUGCAGCUGGAAUGGGCUCUUACAUCGAUAUUGAUAAAUCAAAAGUUGGCGAGUCUGGUUUGUUAAAAGCUAAUAAAUUAGGCUGGCAAUUACUUUAUAUUUUAUUUGUUGCUAUAUUAACAAAUGAUUGUUUUAUGGCAGGUUUCUGGUUAAGAACUUUUGCCAGUCGUACUAAUAAGGAUUUAUGGAUUGGAUGUUCGAUUGCUUCAUUCGUUACGUUUGUAAUUUGUACUUUAGUUGGUACUACAGGAUUUUUAGCUGUUUGGGCAGGGGAUUUAGUUGUUGGAGAUGAAAAUGGUUACAACGCAUUUUUUAUCUUGUUAUCUAAAAUGCCAGGCUGGUUAGUUGCAUUCAUUUUAAUAUUUAUUGUAUCUUUGUCAACUUGUACAUUUGAUUCAUUACAAUCGGCAAUGGUUUCAACCAUAUCUAAUGAUCUUUUCCGUAACAAGUUACACAUUAAUUAUACUAGAGUUUUAGUGGUUUUAAUUAUGGUUCCUAUUGUUGUGCUUGCAGUCAAAGUCGCAGAUGACAUUUUACAAAUAUACUUGAUAGCCGAUUUAGUAUCUGCAGCUAUUAUCCCAGUAAUCUUUUUGGGAUUAAGUGAUACCUAUUUUUGGUUCUUGAGAGGAAUAGAUGUCAUGUCUGGUGGUUUGGGUGGUUUGCUUGGUGUAUUUAUUUUUGGAACUGUUUAUUAUGGGUCUGCAAAAGAAGGCGGAAAGUUAUUGUUGGUCUGGAACGGUAUUUAUGAUGAUGCUGAUUGGGGCCCAUUUGGUGCCUUUGUAAUUGCUCCAUUUGGAGGUCUUCUAAUCUGUUUCUGUGUCGCUGCCUUAAGAAUAGGUGUAGCAUAUUUGUACUCUAGAAUUUCUGGUAAACCAUUUGUCGCUUUAGACAGACCUGAACCUAAAGAAAUUCUUGAGUUUCAAAACGAUAGUCAAUACGAGUCAACUGAAGAUAACGUAAAGAAAAGCAUGGACGAAUCACAAUAA